AGGAGCCUUCCUCCUUCGCAAUCCUAUCCUUGGUGGAGCAAUGGCGACGAGCGUGGCGAUGGCCUCCCUGCCCCUCGGAAGAGCCCUAACCCCAUGGAGCGCAGAUCGACGGCUCCGUUUCAGAUCGUCAGGAAUCGCGUUUGCGAGCUUAGAACAAAAGACUUAUGCCCAGGGGAUCAAGAUUUCGGAGGGGAAUGGGGGGCUUCCCAAGGUCUCCCUGCUUUCCCCUCAUGGCAGUGAGGCUGAGAUUUAUCUGUUCGGAGGCUGCAUUACAUCUUGGAAGGUUUCGAAUGGCAAGGACCUUCUCUUUGUUCGGCCAGAUGCUGUGUUCAAUGGAAAGAAACCUAUCAGUGGAGGAAUCCCACACUGUUUCCCUCAAUUUGGACCUGGCCCUAUACAGCAGCAUGGUUUUGCAAGAAACAUGAGCUGGUCUAUUGCUGACUCUGAUAAUGUUGAAGGGGAUCCUAUCAUAACCUUGGAACUAAGGGAUGACCCUUACAGUCGCUCGAUGUGGGAUUUCAGCUUUCAGACUUUGUACAAGGUCAAGCUACACUCUAAUAGUUUGUCAACGGUGCUAACUGUUACCAACACGGACAAGAAACCUUUUUCAUUUACCACUGCGCUGCAUACCUAUUUCCGUGCUUCUAUAGCAGGAGUAUCAGUGAAAGGUCUAAAGGGUUGUAAGACUCUGAACAAGGACCCAGAUCCUUCUAAUCCUUUGGAGGGUAAGGAGGGGAGGGAAGUCAUAACUUUUCCGGGGUUCGUUGAUUGCAUUUACCUUGAUGCACCCAAAGAGAUAUUCCUUGACAAUGGAAUUGGUGAUGUAAUAAAUAUACAAAACAGCAAUUGGUCAGAUGCGGUUCUGUGGAAUCCGUAUAUGCAGAUGGAAUCCUGCUUCAAAGAUUUUGUUUGCGUGGAAAAUGCCAAGAUUGGACAAGUCCAUCUAGAGCCUGCGCAAUCAUGGACUGCAGAGCAGAAAAUUGCCAUUAGCUGAAGCUGAUUUCUUUUUCUCAGUUGAAUAACUGAAGAACAUCAUUUCAAAUAUCCAAUAUCGUUUAUGAUCAUCGUUCUUUGUAUAUGAACUUUUAUCUGAUGUAGGUACGGCUUGAUUUGUUGUCAUGUAAAGCUCUAUCCAAGCAAAUUUAUACUCUAAUUUGGUACAUUCACUUGAAAGCUUGGACUUCUUUUUGGGUA